AUGAACCUUAUGGACUGGUCCUCGACGAACAUCCUCGCCAUUGGCUUGGGAACUGUGGUGUACUUGUGGAGCGCCUCCAGUGGAAAGGUCACCCACCUGCACGACUUGGCCAACGACAACGACGACAUUUGCUCCGUGGCGUGGUCCCGAUCCGGAACGUAUCUGUCUGUCGGAACGCGGCGCGGGACCGUGCAAGUCUGGGACACUUCGCGCAGCACGCGGCUGAGGGUCCUGAAUGGGCACUGGGGACGCGUGGGGGCCGUGCGCUGGGGGCCCCACAUCAUGGCGUCGGGGAGCAGAGACUGCACCAUCAGGUUGACGGACGUCCGUGUGGGAGACGCCCUCAUCCAAGAACUCAGGGGGCACAGGGCGGAAGUGUGCGGCCUGGAGGUGGGCGCCCACGAGCAAAGUGCUGCUCUGGAUUGGGCAGCUUCAGAAAAUGUGAAGCGCAUAGCGAAUCGCGAUGUUCUAAGAAAGGCCAAGCGCGUGGACUUGGGGCCAUCGUUUCUUGAUUCCAUAACAAUUGUGUACCGGGGAGAAUUCCUUGACUGCAUUUGA